UUGUUGGUGGCAGCACGCGCACAUCUCUAUCACGUAUAGCGAACUAGUUCAUAUUGCGAUUGCAGCUGCGUUUCACAAGCUCACUUUCACAUUUCAGUAAAAAAUAUAUAAUAAUAUUUUUCAGACGCAGACGCAAAUACAUAUUUGCAAAAUGAGUUUCUUUAAUUAUAUAUUCGGGCCAAAAUUGUACAUGGAGUACAGAGGUGUACCUGAACCGCAGAGGAAAAUGUAUGAGCCCGGUGCAGCUGAAAAAUUUGGUGAACAAAUCUUGUCAACGCUGUCUGUGGUUUGGUCGGUCAGCUAUUAUACGUCACCGCUGAUCUUCACAUUCCUCUAUAGGCGCGGCUAUUUCGUCACUGAUUCGAUUCCAACGCUCGCAAAGCUCACAACGAGCGUUGGAUUGAUAGUCAUCAUCUCUUUAUUUAUGCGCGGCGUUGGACGUCGACAGUCGCGUGCAUAUACGAACAUGAUAAAUGCUUUAAAUUCGGCUAAAGAAAAUAGAUCGUCGGAUGCACUGCGUCGAUUCGACAUUGACUUCUCUGCAUGGCCAGUGGAUUUUGAUGUGAAGGCCAUAGCGGGUGAUGCCAAGAAGCCCACGACCACUAUAAGUCGUCGCGAAAGGUUGAGCAUUGCCACAUUGCCGUGCGAGUUGCUUGCCUAUGUAGCCAUACACACCUUUGGGCUGUCUCUGAUCUAUCCCGGCUCCGUGAAGCUGCUGCAGAAGUUCAUGAGGCCCGCCUUGAUCUCUGGCCGCGCCAAGCUCAUCGAAGACGACAAUGGCAUUCGCUAUAAAGUAAAGACAAUUGAUUCAAAUGAAAUCGAUACUCUCUUUAUUGACAAUCGCAAUGAUAAUGUGGGCAAUGGCAAGACUCUAGUCAUCUGCUCCGAGGGUAAUGCUGGCUUCUAUGAAGUCGGCAUAAUGGGCACACCAAUUGCAUUAAAAUACUCAGUGUUGGGUUGGAAUCAUCCGGGCUUUGCCGGCAGCACGGGUCAACCGAAACCGGAUCAGGAUAAGAAUGCCAUCGAUGCUGUGGUGCGUUUCGCUAUCAAUCAUCUGGGCUUUGGCAUUGAGGAUAUUUUAUUGUUCGGUUGGAGCAUUGGCGGCUUUAGCACAUUGUGGGCUGCCACCAUUUAUCCCGAUGUUAAGGGUGUGGUAUUGGAUGCCACCUUCGAUGAUGUGCUCUACCUGGCUCAGCCACGUAUGCCCGCCAGCUUGGGCGGCAUCGUUCGCAUUGCCAUACGCAAGCAUUGCAAUCUGAAUAAUGUUGAGUUGGCUGUUAAGUACAAUGGACCACUGCUGUUCAUACGUCGAACAGAGGAUGAGAUUAUAGCCGAGGACAAUCGUAUUGACACGAAUCGCGGCAAUUACCUCACGCUUGGUGUGCUCCAAUAUCGCUAUCCCAAUUUGUUUAAGGCACCACAGCUGUCGCAUGCCAAGGCAUUGCUUGCAAAGCCCUUGGAGUCGUACAGCUAUAGCUUGGCCGAAGAGAAGCUGUGCAUGUCUCGUCUUAUAACCUAUGCCUCCGAUGAAGGCAAGUCCUAUCCCAUGCUGAUUGGAGCCGAAUACAAUGAGGAAACACGCAGUCAAAUGGCACUCUUUCUGCUGCGCAAGCAUUUACGCGAUUACAAUUCGUCGCAUUGCACUCAGCUGCCGGGCGAGUUCUUCACCAUUCCAUGGGACAUACCCAUCGAACAUGGCUUUGUAUUUACUUAAGACCCUACGCAUUUAUUGUUUUUGGCAGUCACAAAAAAAAACUAUGGUA